CUGCCGGCCUCUGCGUAGAGGAUGUGUCUCGGAGUGUGAGAGAGGAAGGCCGUCAGUAGAGUGGAUAUGUGGCUUCUCUCCUCCACCCCUUCUCCUUCUCCUCUGUCCGGCUCUGUGGAUCCUCUCUGCAGUGUUCUAGCCCUCUGGGUAGGGCACUCUUGGUGCUGGACAGUCAGACCGCUCAACUGAACUUAAAUGUCAGAAGGAGACAAGGAUGGUGGGGACAAACCUGAAGAUGCCGCCGCAGGGAUCCCGGAGGUGUGGCCAGAGGCGGAGAGGGCUGAGAGUUUGGCUCGAGGGGCUGCCCUCAAGUGGGCAUCGGGUGUGUUCUGUCGCCCCGAGCAUCUGGAGAGGUUGGGUCAGUACCGUAAAAGGGAAAGCCAGAGAACCUCUUCCAUCCACACAAGACUCAAGUCCAUGGUCCAGUCCUACCUAGAGGGGGUGGGCUGGGGUCUGGGUCAGCUACAUGAGGCCCGGGCGGAGCUGAAAGAGGUGUCACAUGCCCUGGCCAAGGCAGGUGUGGAGUCCCGUAGAAACGCGGAGGGAGUCAAGGCUCUGGAGAUGAUCCGAGAGGUCUCUGUCAAUCACUGUCAACUCCUCGCUGCCGUUAGCAACCUGCCACAUCUUUACUCAGUGCGGAGCAUGGUGUCAGAGACAGAGAGGCUGGUGGAGUCACGGCGGCUCCUGGAAGCCCAUGCCCGUCUGAUGGAGCUGGAGUGCUGGCAGGAUGACAUCCUGUGGCAGCUCCAUGGAGCAGGGGCUCCAGGGACAGCGGGGACGAGCCUCGCCACCCAGGAUGAGGAGCUGGUCAGAAACUACUUUUCAGGGGUCGGCCGGCUGGUAGAGGCUUUGGGAAAGGAGCUAUGGGCGGUGGUAGGGAGUGGACUGGCUUUAGCCCGGCAAAACCCUAUUCCAUUUGUGUCUGCUGUAAGGAUUGUGGAGCGAGAGGAGGCGCUGGAUCAGGCCUUGAUGGAGGACAGAGGAGGUGCAGGGGGGCACAGCAGGCCUCUCCCCCCUGGACGUCCACGCUGCUGGAGGGAGCGCUUCUUCCAAGUGUUGGAAGAGGCAGCAGCGACACGGUUCCGCAGCCUCUCGUACCUGCAUACCCGCGGGCCUGGCCUGGCAGGCCACUUGUCUGCACUGCAGCACGGCAUCAUGGGAGACCUGGCCACGGUGCACCACCUAUUGGAGCACUGCGUCCCCCCCCACUACCACCUGACUAGGGCCUACCUCCAUGCCUGCCACCGCUGCCUACAGUCACACCUGGGCCAGGUCAGCGGCUGGGAGCUGGAGAGCGGCGAGAUCUUUGCUGUCCUUAACUGGGUCCUGCACAUCUACAACAGCUCAGAGAUGAUGGGUCAUCCUGACCUUGCAGUGGAGAUGGAGUCAGAACAGCCAGGACCCCUAAUCUCUCAGGAGGGUCUGGAGCAGCUGCAGAACAAAUAUGUCCACAGUGUAAGGAAAAGUGUGUCUGAGUGGAUGCACAAGGCACUGGAGGUGGAGCUGACAGACUGGCAGAGAGACCAGGAACCAGACACUGAUCACGAAGGCUUUUACCUCACCAGCCUGCCCACCAUCAUCACACAGAUGCUGGAGGAGAAUGCGCGGGUGGCUCUGAUGAUUAGUGAAUCACUUCGGGAUCAGACCAUACAGAUGGGACUGUAUGAGCUGGAGAACCUCCUCAAUAGGUUUAGGGAGGCCCUGGUGGAGUUUGGGAAGGAGCACCGCAGGGAUCAGAGCACAAACCAGAACAAGUUCUACCUCCAUUAUCUACUGGCCUCUAUAAGCAACUGCAUUAUCCUCAAGACAUCCACAGAGAGUUUGCAGCGUCAGCUGUCAUCCCGGUCGGCCAGCCGUUUCUCCCGGACUCCCCCCGGGCCCCUGGCUGCUCUGGACCGGGCUGUGAGGAGAGCCUGCCGCCUCGUGAUGGACCAGCUGCAGUUGGAGCUCCAGCCCUUCCUGCAGGGGCUCCUGUCUCGCUCCUGGCUGGCCCGGGAAUACGUCGCAGUCAGCCCAAAGUUGUGCGGAGUCCUGGAGCGCCACUUUGACCUGUACAGUCGUGUGCGCCCGCCCUGCCGGCAGCGUUUGCAGGAGGAGUGCCAGUGGCUGACCGUGGUGGAGUAUGUGAGGGUGUUGAUGCAGAAGAGGCUGGUGUGUCGGAAUGCGGAGGAGCGAAGCCGGCUGGCCCAGAGAAUUGCACUGGACGCCCAGUAUCUGAGGGAUUUCUUCCAGGGCCUGGAGGAGGUGGACGGACCUGGUGAUGAGGUGAACCCAAUGGCUUUACUGCCUGUUCUGGCGGACUUCAUUCGCCUUAACGACACCGCCAUGCUGGCUCUUGAGGUGUCUGGGCUUGUGGCAAAGUACCCUGAUAUCAGUGAGGAACAUGUGUCAGUGUUACUGGAUGUCAGAGGGGAUGUCUCCAGAGACGUCAGGGGGACGGUUCUUGACCUGCUGGAGCAGAGCGCCCCACCCCUUCCUGCAGGCUACAGGCCUAUCUUUUCAGACAUCCUGGUUCCAACUCCUAGCAUGCCUUUCUGUCUGCCUACUGCCAAGUGUGCCUGAUGAGCAUUUUGCACCCUUUGAAUCCACUGAACAUAUUCACAGUCACCUGCACAGACAAGCUUGUGAAUUGCUAAGUUAUAUAAAGUUUAUCGUGUAUUACUCUGUGGAUUAUAAAUCAAGCCAAUAGCCUGCAGACCUUAUAGGGCGGUACAUGUGUAUAUCGGCUGGUCAAUAAAAUUUCAAUCAUUUAGAAGUUUUUAACUGGUGGUGCUGUACCAGUGAACGCCUCUGAGGCAUCUGUAAUGUGAUGUAUUUUUGCUGUGUAUUAUCCAUCGUGUGUACAUUCAGAUGAAGAAUAAAAUAUAGUUGAAAAUGUGUAA